AUGGCGUCAAAAGUAAAACUCACGUUCAAUGUCCUUUUCAUAUCCGCGGCGGUGAUUCUUGGUAAUGUGAUACGUUUCAAACUUCUGCCCAUAAACAACGAGACAAAGCUCUCGCUUGGGUAUCCUAGAGACAGCCUUCUGAAUUUCACAGAACUGGCUAGUGAAUAUGGAUAUGCCACUGAAGAACAUACAGUCGUAACUGAAGACGAAUAUUUGUUAACCGUAUUCAGGAUUGUGCGAGGCAGGAAUUGUAAAGGGAAAAUUAAGUCACCACCAGUGAUCCUCAUGCAUGGAUUGCUACAAAGUUCUGACGCGUGGCUGGAUGCUGGCCCGAGCGCUGGGAUGGCCUAUCUCCUAGCAGAUGCGUGCUAUGACCUGUGGGUCGGAAAUCAAAGAGGUAAUUAUUAUGGUAGACGACACCUUAAAUAUAAUCCAGAUGAAGACUCCGAAUUCUGGAAGUUUUCCGUCGACGAAAUAGGACUUUACGAUGUUCCAGCUACUAUAGAUUAUAUUUUAAAUCACACUAAUGUUAACAAAUUAAAUUACAUCGGAUAUUCCCAGGGUUCUGGAACCUUAUUUAUCAUGUGUUCUGAAAGACCUGGGUAUUGUGAAAAGGUGAACUUUUUAAUCGGUCUAGCGCCGGCUGCGAGACAAACGUAUACGAAGUCUGUGAUUUACAGAUUAGCAACUACAAGCAUUGCAGCAAUGGAGGGUGUGAUAAGAGGCGCUGGUAUUCAAGAGAUUUUUGGAAAGGGACAAAUGAGCCAGGAAGCUCUUGGGUUUAUUUGUCAAAUGAGUGCGAUAGCGGAACCAGUCUGUGGUACUGCGGAACAGUUGUUUGAUUCCUUCCAUCCAGGGUCGAUAACAAAUAGGACUCUACAAAUAAUGUUUGGACAUUUUCCGGCUGGAACAUCUGUUCAUAACAUGGCGAGGUAUGGCCAGAGUAUGUCCUCGGAUAAGUUCCAGAAGUUUGACUAUGGGAAAGAUGUAAAUUUAGUGAAGUAUGGUAGUGAAAUGCCUCCAGAGUAUAAAUUGAAUCAAAUGACAGCACCCAUAGUGAUAAUAUAUGGUAGGAAUGAUCAUUUGGUUGAUCCAAAAGACAUCGCAUGGUUGGUGAAACAAUUACCGAAUGUGGCUAAAGUUAUAGAGGUGACUGAUCCUCUAUGGAACCACUUUGACGUGACAUAUAGUCAGUAUACCAGUGAGUUAAUUUUUCCGGCUGUGAAUAAAUAUCUAACAAAGUCUAGCACAUGGUAAACUAAUGAACUUUUACAUCUCGUAGUAAAUGUGUAUAUAUUGUUUGUUGUUAAGGAUAGGACAUAUUGUUUGUAAGAUUCACAUACACUAUUCAUAUAUUUUGUUGUAGAUUUCUAUAAUAAAUAAGGAAAUAUUGUGAUAAGAGCCUAUUGUCUGUGAUAAUUAUAAAUAUUUAUGUGAUCAAUUUCCGAUUUAAUUCUCCGUUAAAUUAACUAAUACAACAGGGCAUUAAAGAAACAUAUCUGAGCUUAGUAGACUAAAAUUGGGACGGCUGAUGACGACGCGUAUAUAUUAAGUGUCUCGUGUAAAUAAAUAAUUUUUUUUUGUAAUGUAAAAUAAAUGCACGCAUUAUUAUCAUUUAGAUAAAGGUUUAGAGUUUAGCGCUAAGCAUGACUCCCAAAUGUCAAAAACGUAGGGUUAACAUGCGGGAUCUCAGGCUAAGUCUUGUCUUCGACUACAAGGGUUAUUCAUUCCACUAUUCGGUAAUUUACAAACAUAAUUACUACAUCACAAAUAAAUAUGCAUGCACACUGCAACCCUGGAUCCGAGGCUGUCUUGUUUAUUGUAUGUAAAAUAUUAAAAUAAAAUUGUAAAUAAAAUAAAAGAUCUUCUGACUAGAAUCUAUGAAAUCGACUUGGUUAUUGCUUUUGGAAAAAAAUGUAUUAUUCAAUAAAUUAUUAUUUUCGUGAGACACUGUAGUUGAUAUAAAUUUAAUAACGUACGAUACAAAUAAUAAAAGAAUUUACCAAUUCAUAUGACUAAUAAUGUAAAAUUUAAAACUCCUUUAAAGACAAAUUUGCGCACCAUUGUGUGAGGCAGAAUAUGCGAACUUACUCUUGUACCACCUUACACAGUUUUGUUCCAUAUUCUAGCAAAACAUAUUUUUAUUAAUAUAAAACAAUUUACAUUUAUAUUAACAACUCAUUGCUUCCUAUAAUAUGCAUGCCCUUUUUUGGCAAAGGCCGCCAAUUCUGUCUGUACAGUGUCACUCUCUGCCAUGUACCUGCUACUCAUAUUUCCUUAAUCUGGACCUUCUAAAUUGCCUUCCUCUUUUCCCUUAGCCUUGGACACCAGUUUAAUAAUUUCUUGUUCCAAUUUUCUGUUCCUCUUCGCAGAUGCCUCGCCCAUUUCCACUUCUUUAUUAAUCAUCAUUAUAACAUCUGCCACCUUAGUUAUUCUUCUUAAUUACAUAAAAUAAAGAUUUUAACAGAAUAUCUCGUCUCAAUAGUCAAUUAUUGACAUAAAUACAUCACGAGGAAGUUUGUCUGUUUGCAGAUAAGUUUAACGUGUACUUUUAACGACAAACUGCCAUUACAGUUUAACUUGUUAUUUAAGUCAAUAAAUGAAUUAAUAUUAAGCACAUAUAUAUUUCCGGGUACUAUUUUUAAGUAACAGUCGUAAUUAUUACAAGUGGUUGAAUAUUAUAUGGAAGGGCUGUUAAAUGUAUUAUAUAGAUGUACAAAUUAAAAAAUAUGUACAUUUCCAUUUUGUUAUCAUUUGUAAACCUGUCAAAAUGCCUUGUCCGGGUACACCGUAAGUGUGAAGUGUCAACAUACAUUAGCCCGUAAUAAUCAAUUGGACUUGACAUAUGGAUUCAUUUCUUGUCAUUCUUAGCGUAUAUCCCUAUUCUGAUUCGUACCUAUAACGGUUACUUUCAGUAGUAACAUUCAAAAUAAUUUAAAUUUAAUGUAAUUAAAAUUAUUUUUAACUACGGAAUUUUCCGUAUAUAUUUCCUUUCCUACCACGGAAAUUUAUUGUUGAACUUUUAACAAUUUAAUUAACUUUUAAGUUUGUAUCAUGGUCAAAAUGCGGUCGGAAGAAGUGGCCGGCCGUUCACCUAAGCCAUGAACUUGUGCGCGCGAUUCGAUUUGUUUAUUUUUAAGAUUUUAUUUUCUUAUGUUUGUUUCCUAUUUACGUUGAUGUUACGUAUAUUAAACUUGUAUAAAAUCUA